CAUAGCGCUGUAUAGAAGCACAAAUUUUGCAAGCAGCGCUCAGGUGAAGCAAUACGUUUGUUGAAGGGCUUCGACUCCAAGCCAGAGUGCAGAAAUGUCAAUUGAAGGCGCAUUUCGGCGCUUGCAAAGCUCACCAUUAGACAGCCCAGGGACAAACAGCGCCAGCGACGCUGCCAGCCCACGCGCUAAAUCGCACAAGUCCCUAUGGCACCAGAUAAAGAGAAAGCUCGCUCCUGCAAAGACACAAUCCUCCUCAAAUCUUUCAUACCUGGGGCGUCAAGCUCGUGCAAACAGCGGUGUUGCAGUACCGACCGAAUCGGUUGCGGCGCCGCGCCUAUGUGCGAGCCCGCUUCGCCCGUCGCGGUCUCCGCCACGGUCUGUACCAUCGGCCCCAUCACGACGCAGCAGGAUCGCCAAAUCGACGCACCCGCCGGCGGCCGCCAGGCCUGGCCGCUCAGCAGCGACUUCGUGCCCCUGGUGAACGGCAGCCUGGACAACAGCCCGCCAUCAGGAUCCAGCACCCCGCUGUCAAAGUUUGCGGGUGGUCCGCUUGCGCGCCUGGUGGCGGCAAGCAAGCCACACGCCGCCGCGCCCCAGCGCGCGCUGAGCCAAGACUCCGCAGGCCUCUGUGCCUCUGAGACCAGCGAGCAGCCCGUGUCGGCGCUGCUGCUACCCGAUGCUCGCGCGGAGGCUCCCGUCGUGCCCGCACCGGCGCCGGCGACCGCCGCCGCCGCCCAGUCCAAGCUGCUUGCGGUGUCUCCCGCGCUGCCGUCCGCCAUGUCGCGGCUGGUGUGGUCGUUGGAGGAUUACAGCAUCUCCAGGCGCCUCUACAAGGGCAGCUCGUCAUCUGUGUACAAGGCCACCUGCCUGUACAGUGGAUUGCCUGUGGCGCUCAAGGUCUAUUUUCUGGACCGAAUCGCCUCGAACGUCGUGCACAUGCUGCGCCGCGAAAUUGAGAUCCACGUGUCAAUGCUGCACCCCAACAUCCUGCGACUCCAUUCGGCCUUCCUGGACGACAAGGAUAGGCUGGUGCUGGUGCAGGAGUACGCGGCGCGUGGCGACUUGUACGGCGUCGCCAAGCGUCUGGGUGGCCGCAUGCAACCUGACCAGGUCGCACAUUUCGUGAUGCGUCCCUUCCUGGAGGCGCUGAGCUACCUGCACUCGCGCGGCAUCUGCCACCGCGACAUCAAGCCCGAGAACGUGCUUUUCACCACCGACUGGCGGCUGCUUGUGGCGGACUUCGGCGUGUCCAUCAACCUGCACCACGAGCGGGCGGUCACGCGCGCCGGCACGGAGGGCUACAUGGCUCCCGAGGUGGAGCGCUGCCCGCUCAAGGCCGAGCCGCAGGAGAACAAGGACAAGCCGCAGCUGGCGUACUCGACUGCGGUGGACAUCUGGGCGGUGGGCUGCAUGGCGUACGAGCUCAUGGUGGGCUUCCCGCCAGCAAUCGCGCGGGCGCAGCAGGACUCACAGCAGGCCGCGGCCGCGGGCAGCGUUGGCGGCUUCGUCGUUUGUGAGAUGACCGCAGCGGCGCUGCACUUCCCCGCGUCUGUGCCGCCCGCGGCGCGCGCUUGGAUUCAAGCAAGCCUGUUGCCCGACCCUGCGGACCGCCCCACAGCCCUUGACCUCAAGCAAGCGCCCUGGUUGGCUGCUGCUGCGGCCGCGGUCCAGGAGGCAAAGCAACGGCCGGCGAACAAGGCUGGGAGUCCGCCUUCCCACGGUGCGGCAGGUGUGACUGCGGAUAUCUGCAGCAGCAGUGCGGCGGUGGUUGCAUGAGAGGACGCAUCUACGACAUGGCAACUCGCUUUUUGCGGGUUUGGCGGCUCGGGUGCCACACCACUACUGCUUUGGUUGGAUGCCUGCUUGAGAGUGUCAUACUAUCUUUUUAUACAGAACGCAAAUGCGAGAUGAAUAAAUCGUAUGCUGUAAAUCUUGUAGCAGUGUUCUUGUCCCACGCCAGUCGUACUCGCCACGGUAGUUGCAUGAUGUUAUAGUCUUGGCUAGCAGCAUAAUGGCAUGGCCCCUUCGCCGUCCUGUGCUUUACUGAUGAGCUUAGCACGUGCGCGUGUAUCCCUUGCCAAUAGAAUCUCGCCGGCACGUGGCGGUCUGCCAGGCGCGUGGUGGCUCGUAAGGCUUUGGCCACUUGCUCCGUUGUGCCUUGGUGACCGCGCGCGGACGUGUACAAAGCGGACACAAACAAUGCGAGGGCGUGAGGAAAGAGCAAGAUGUGCGUCGCGCGCGAGUGUAUGGGCGGGUUGCUUAUUAGGCGGAUAGGCUUGGGGCGCAGGGAGCAGGGAGAGGCAGUGAGGGUCGGAGUGCAUUCCGUAUUUCAGUAAAUGCGCAUUGCUUUGGAAUUCUGGUUAUAGAGCUUGAACGGUCAGCUGAUAUUAGCUGGUGAGAGGGUAUGGCGGAGAGGGUGUGUCGAUUUAGGGAACUGGCUUGGGGAGCUACGCAUAUUGCGCGGCAGCGUCAGGACAGCUACCAGAGGGCACGUACGUGUGUUAUACGGGGUUUAGGGUAUGGAAGGUGAGAGCGGCAGUCGUGCUUCCGGGUGACAGUCCACCUAUAGAUGGACGUCUAUUGGGCAGCAUGUGAGGCUGGUAAGAACCGGCAUGAAGGCAGGACUGCGGGACCCCGGUUUUACCGGCUGUGGGCAGGGUGGCCAGCUAGCUGUCCCUGCGGGGGACAGACGAGUCAAAGUGGCUCGGUGGUGGCAAGGCGACAAGCCAUCAGGUGAUCAGGUGGUGAACACGUGCAAAACUUAACAACUGAUUACGGUAUGACGACAGACUCGUUUGGUGAACGAGUGUUAGGGCAUAGGUCGCUGUUAGUUGUCUGCUGGACCGCCCGCGACGCUGAUAGCAGUACAAUAAGUGUGGGACUUCAUCAUUUGUAGGCGUUAUUGGGUCACCCCGGCUUUGGCCUCCGGUUUUCACGCGGCAGGAAGGGCAUGCAAAAGAUUGUGCGCAUCACCUUGUAACCACACACGAUA